CCCCAUCUCAUCUCUUGCUCCUCGUCCGUAGUUGCAGUUGCAGUGUCCUCGGCCGCCUCUAGUCCUAGCCGUUUACUCCUUCCUUUCACCGCAUCAAGCAGAGAGCAAGCGAGGCAAGAGCCAUGGGCGCCUUUCUGCUCUUCGUCUGUCUCCUGGCGCCGGUCGUCGUGCUCGCCUGCGCCGUCCGCGGCAGGAAGCGGCGGGCGUCCUCCGCGGCGGCGGGCGGCAAGGCGCUGCCGCUGCCGCCCGGGUCGAUGGGGUGGCCGUACGUGGGCGAGACGUUCCAGCUCUACUCGUCCAAGAACCCCAACGUGUUCUUCGCCCGGAAGCAGAACCGGUACGGGCCAAUCUUCAAGACGCACAUCCUGGGCUGCCCCUGCGUGAUGGUGUCCAGCCCGGAGGCGGCGCGCUUCGUGCUCGUCACGCAGGCCCACCUCUUCAAGCCCACCUUCCCGGCGAGCAAGGAGCGCAUGCUGGGGCCGCAGGCCAUCUUCUUCCAGCAGGGCGACUACCACGCCCACCUCCGCCGCCUCGUCUCCCGGGCUUUCUCCCCCGAGGCCAUCCGCGGCUCCGUGCCGGCCAUCGAGGCCAUCGCGCUGCGCUCGCUCGAGUCCUGGGACGGCCGCCUCGUCAACACCUUCCAAGAGAUGAAGCUGUACGCGCUGAAUGUGGCAUUGCUGUCCAUCUUCGGCGAGGAAGAGAUGCGGUACAUAGAGGAGCUGAAGCAGUGCUACCUGACCCUGGAGAAGGGGUACAACUCGAUGCCCGUGAACCUGCCGGGCACCCUGUUCCACAAGGCCAUGAAGGCCCGCAAGCGCCUGGGCGCCGUCGUGGCCCACAUCAUCGAGGCCCGGCGCGAGGGCGAGCGGCAGCGCGGGAGCGACCUCCUGGCCUCCUUCCUGGACGACCGCGAGGCGCUCACCGACGCCCAGAUCGCCGACAACGUGAUCGGCGUCAUCUUCGCCGCCCGCGACACCACCGCCAGCGUGCUCACCUGGAUGGUCAAGUUCCUCGGCGACCACCCCGCCGUCCUCAAGGCCGUCAUCGAGGAGCAGCAGGAGAUCGCGCGGUCCAAAGGCUCCUCCGGCGAGCCCCUGACGUGGGCGGACACCAGGCGGAUGCGCACGACGAGCCGUGUGAUCCAGGAGACGAUGCGGGUGGCGUCCAUCCUGUCCUUCACCUUCCGGGAGGCCGUGGAGGACGUGGAGUACCAAGGGUACCUGAUCCCCAAGGGCUGGAAGGUGAUGCCCCUGUUCCGGAACAUCCACCACAGCCCCGACCACUUCCCCUGCCCGGAGAAGUUCGACCCCUCCCGAUUCGAGGUUGCUCCCAAGCCCAACACGUUCCUGCCGUUCGGCAACGGGACCCACUCGUGCCCGGGCAACGAGCUCGCCAAGCUGGAGAUGCUCGUGCUCUUCCACCACCUCGCCACCAAGUACAGGUGGUCCACCUCCAAGUCCGAGAGCGGCGUGCAGUUCGGCCCCUUCGCGCUGCCGCUCAACGGCCUGCCCAUGACCUUCGUCCGCAAGGACUGAUGAGCCGCCGACAGAUGUGUGGAUCGUGGACGGAGCCACACCAAAACCACGGCAGGCCGACGGAACCAAACCAAAGCCAACAACAAACAGGCGGAUGGAUAUGGUAUGGCGGUAUAUGCUAGCUAGUACUACUAUAGGAGCCGCGAAAACCGCUUCCGGGAUUUGGCGUUGCGGCGGUCGCCAUCGGACGGGACGGGGACAGGCAUCAGGCAAGCAUGGGAUGAUCACAGAGG